UGGACAUGGUCCUCCAGACUGCCAGAAGAAGACAGCAAACUCACUGGCUGCGCUGCCUGCUGCUGUGGCCGUGAACGGAGUCACCAAAUUGCAAACUAAACGUCUUGACAGCGCUUUCUCUAUCCUCAGUGUGAAGUUGACCGUCGUGUCUGUAGUCCCAGAUUGACUUGCGUGUAAAGGACGAAACCGAAGCCGAUCGACCAUGGCAGUCUCAGCGUUGAAGAUCGCUGCGGUACUGUUGUGUGCCCUCUGUGGACUCAGCUAUGUCUCUGCUCAACCUGUGCAAAGAACAGCAUUGGCAGGUUCCGGUUUUGGCCACUACCCAUGCCAAUGUGGAUUGGUGCAGGAGAGAGCCUGCACAUCGGAUACGACUGCUCUCUACAAAGUCACGUAUAAUCUGGACUGGAAGAAACCCAGACCCAGUGGUGCAGAGCCUGGCUGGUUGAAGACGUUCCUGCUCUCUCACAGUGCUUGCUCUGUACUCUGGAGAACUGCGUAUGGAGUGGGCAACGGGAUCAGAACGUGGCUGCGACUUGGUAAUGAGAGGAACUUGAGGGAGGACUUGAGGAAUCUACAGUACUUUUCGCGCAGUGAGUUUGGACCGUUCAACACCGGCACGGCCACUACCUCAAGAUUUAUCCAAGUUGACCGAAAUCACCCUGUGGUCUCAUCUAUUACCCCCAUGAAUCCAUCUCCGGACUGGUUUGUCGGUUUGGAUAGCGCUAACCUCUGCCGUGGCGACUCCUGGGUAGAGUCCGCCACGUUCCUUCUCCAUCCCUGGGAUGCAGGAGUGAACAAUGGGCGGACAUUCACACGGAAAGGCAAUUACGGGUUCUCUCCGGUUGCACCGAUAUUUGAGGACAGCACGUUGCUCACCUCGUCGCUGCUCCGUUUCAAUGGCACAUUCGGCUCGGUGACGUUCACACUGGUGCGUACAGUGAACGCCAUGAGGCAAGGUGCUGCACAAUGUCCACUGUGUCCAGGGGGAUGCGCUCAACACCAUGAACAAUUCAGAUGCCCUGUCAACCAGGAAUGGAGCGCCACUGCACCACAGUGCUCAGUGUCCUGUAACAGCAACCAUGACGAGUGUCCCACAGCGCCAGGUUGUAUGUGCAUGGCAGGGUUUGUGCGUAUUGAGGACUCGCCGAACGCACCGUGUGUGCGGGAAGACUCUUGUAAAAGCAAUGCCAACCCCAGCCUUGGCGAGACAUGUGUUAUAACCAAUGAUCAUCGUCCUGAGUGCCAUGGCCGGCCACGUUCAGAGAAUUGGUAUGAAGUGUGUGGAAGGUCGUACUUUAACCCAGGCGGACAAUGCUCUCUUCCCUGCGAGAUGGUACGCUGUCGGUGCAUGCCUGGUUACCGUCGCAAUUUCGAAGGAUCAUGCGAACUGGAUAGAGAGCCCAUAGUUUCCGCGUCGGUUAAACCUGAAACAGUUGCUACGUGCUCUGCGGAAAAGAAUGAAGCGGCUGGUUCAGCACUCAAUCGAUGUGAAUACGACUGUGUUGACAUGGAGUUUGGAGAGGGCAAGUGUCCGCAGAGUCCCAUCACCCAGUGUCUUUGUCUGCCCUCCUACUUUCGUCACACUGAUGGGAAGUGCUACCCGGUGUCAGAAUGCAGACGACUGAUUCGUGAACAAACACAGCCUCCAGUCGUGACGGAGGCGCCAACGACACAGGAACAGCUCGUCCGCCCUGAACUCUGUACAGCUGAUCUUGGCUGUGUGCAUUACAACGACUUUGGCAGCGGUAGUGGCGUGGAGAAAUGCUGUCCGACAUGUAACGUGACGCGAUCAACCUGCGCCAAUUUCCAGUGUCCACCCGUACCGGGUUGUUCUCGCUAUGCUACUGCGCCGCAACCUGGCUCAUGCUGUCUGGCUUGUACCAAGCUGAAGCGACGCAUUGGACGGGGUGUCUGCUCCGGUGUGGUGUGUCCACGUGGUCAGAUCUGCACCAAGCGAGGCGGUGUUGCCAUGUGUAUGUGCAAGGGUAACUGCGGCGACGUGCAGCAACCAAUUACUGGACUGGACGGUCUCUCCUAUCCUAACUCAUGUUACCUGCGCCGGCAGGGAUGCAUGACUUGCUCCAAGCUGAUCCCCUGAGCGAGGGAUGAGCACGCACGCACAGCGUAAACAGUGUCUCGUGCUGUAUGUGACCGUUUGCAUCCUGGCAUCACCCAUGCGGAUUUUUUUGUGAAUGCACCCCAGAUAAUCAUCACCUUGAUGGAUACACUCGCCUUGCUGCUCGUAUAUCUGUAAUUGUUGCAGCAGUAAAUACACGUGUGCUACAUAUGUAUGUGCUAUGCAUGUAUGUGACACGGCGUGCAACGUGACACUUAGCACUGACUCCAACCUUGUGCGGCGUAAUGCAUGUAACAUAAUCCUUUGCCAUGCAUCAUGGUGUAGACGAAUGGUGUUUGCCUAUAUGUUCAUCACACAUUAUAUAUACUGUGUGUUUUCUUUUGAUUUACGGAAUAUCAGCGAUUCAUCACAAACUAAAAGUAAGAAGUACGAAGUAGUUGUUCAUGAUCCAAGUUGAACUGCAACACAAAAAUGAAGUACUCCAUUAGAUACAUAUAAUUAUCACGUUUAUUAUUAUUACUAAAAGAAGUGUUUUGGUGUGUUUCCAACGUUUCUCGUUUCAUGAUAAUCACCCGCUCUAUUGUCGGUAACUGCUUGUUCUCCUUUCAAACGUCUCUCUCUCUCUCUCUCUCUCUCUCUCUCUCUCUCUCUCUCUGACUUUCUGUAGUUCUCUCUUGUCCCAAGUGUGGGAGCUCAGUUGAAGAUCUUUCUCGCCUGUCCCAUGUGUGGACGGUUUGUUGAAAAUAGUUUCUUGCCUGACAGAUAACAGUACGAGUAUGAUUGUA